AUCUGAUAUUACUCUCAAAUCAACAUCGACAGUGUAAAGUAAUCAAAUUUCUCCAAUAAUUAUAGUGUUUUAUCGGAUUUGAAUUGCGCAAUAACCCACGAGAUGAAUUUGUUAACAUACGUUGUGUACAUGCUGGCAUUACCCAGCGCGCUUUUUGCUGAGAACAUUUUCAAGAUCAAUAUUUCCCCUGAGGAGGCACAGCAGUUCCUGAAUAAUGCUAAUCUUCGCGGUCUGGAAAAUAUAGACUAUGCUUCUAAAACUGGUGAAAAUGAGUUGCCUGAAGCUCGCAAUGAAAAAGGAGAGUUCAUCUACAUGGGACGUGUGAUAGAUCAUCCUGAAGAAUACGUAGAAGAACACUAUGAUGCGCACCAGUACCACGGUCAGGAUGGGUUGGGGCAGUAUGUGUACGGGUAUCGUGAUUGGAAUCAGGGAAAGAAUGAGAAGAAAGACGAGUCCGGGACAGUAAGUGGAUCAUAUAAAUAUGUUCAACCUACUGGACGAGACUUUGUAGCGAAAUAUUACGCUGAUCGAACGGGUUUUCAUGUCGAAGAUAAUCGGCCAGCCCAUUUAAAAGAGCCUGCCACGAAGACGCCGGCAGUGCGAAAAGCGGAAGAAGAGCAUUUCAAGUUAUGGGGAGAGCUUGCGGCUGCCAAUGGUCACAAUCCUGACCCAUUUGCUUCUGAAUAUCAACAACAAUAUAAUAGGCCCGCUGAUUCUGAACCCAUAGAAUAUGUUCACGAAGAACCACCUUAUAUACCUGGACCUGAGGAAACUGGACCCCCGCGCGGGUUUUUCUACGCUUUUGACUACAAUGUGCCUCUAUUACGAAACAAGAAGGAACGGGAAGAAUUAGAAGAGCUGCGGGCCAUUAAUAACAAAGAUUAAUGAUAGUCCUCGUGCAGAUGACAAAUCAUUCUUAUGAAACAACACAUUUAUAGUAAAUUACUAAAUUAUAAUUCUAUUUUAUUUAUUUUUUUAGUAGCUCUCAUGACAUGUACAUGUUAAAAUAAAAUUUUAUAUACAUAAGUGCCGUUUUAUAAAAUUGGGUCGUUAUCCGCAAGAAACGGAUUUCACACUGACUAGACCACAACCGAAAAGAAGAAGAACGACACCAUUAUUGUACUUUGCA